AUGGCAAAAUCUUCAUACAGUCGCCAGAAUCACCAGGAUCAUCGUCGUUAUUUAGAUAUGUUGAAAUGUGAAUUUGUAAAGAGGUACGAAGAUCCAUCUCCUUCUGAAAAAAUGCCGAUGGAUUAUGAUAGCAUAAAAGCUAUCGGCAGUGGUGCUUAUGGAGAAGUAUUUUUAGUCAGAGAUAAAAGCACAUUCGCGUAUCAUGCUAUGAAAGUUGUAUCAAAAGGGAUUGUCGUUGAAAGGAAACAUGUAAAACACUUAAUAUUAGAAAAAAAAAUUCUCCAAGCCGUCCAGUUUCCUUUUGUUCUCUCUUUAGACGAGGCUUUCAAAGAUAACUUGUAUCUUUACUUUGUACUCCCAUAUGUAGCUGGGGGAGAACUAUUUACGUAUAUACAAAAAUAUGGUAGUUUAUCACAUUACCUAUCUAAAUUUUAUGCAAGUCAAGUAACACUAGCGUUAGAAUAUUUACAUUACUGUGAUAUUGUACAUAGGGAUAUCAAGCCUGAAAAUAUUUUGAUUGACAUAAAUGGGUAUAUAAAAGUAUGUGAUUUUGGUUUUUGUAAAAUACUCAAGAAAAAAACGUGGACCUUAUGUGGCACACCGGAAUAUUUAGCGCCCGAAGUGAUUAUGUCAAAAGGUUACUCCUUUCCUGUAGAUUGGUGGGCUUUAGGAGUGCUAAUAUUUGAAAUGGGUGCUGGUUAUCCUCCUUUCUUUUCUUCAGAUCCGAGCAAGUUAUACGAAAAAAUUUUAGAAGGUCAUUUCAAGUGUCCAGAUAAUUUUAACCCCGAUUGUAAGCAUUUGAUUAAGAGUUUAUUGCAAGUUGAUCCGACGAAGCGUCUAGGUUCUUUAAAGAGUGGUAUCUACGAUAUUAAAGCUCAUCCAUGGUUUAAUGAUAUUUGUUGGCAAUCUAUACUGCAUCAAAGGGUACAGGCACCUUUUGUUCCUAUAUGUCCUUCCCCAGGUGAUACGAGCAAUUUUCCAGAAAUCGAACAGACGAAACUGAAAAAGAGUUCCCAGUGUCUUUAUGAAAACGAAUUUGAAGAUUUUUAAAAGGAUAAAAUGUACCUCAUAUUUGUAAUGUAUCUAUUUUAAAAUCUAGACAAUCAUCACAUCAUCAAAAAAGUAAACGGUGAUUUCAUCGACUUCGAGUCUCUCAU